AAAACUGUCAGCUGGGUAACGCUAAUUGCAUGCACUUUGCUGCUUCUCUAUUCGCUCCCUCCCGUUAAUUGCAUGCACAUUGCCCCGCAGCUGGCUGCGCGGAGCACCGCGGGGUUGCCUGCGGCCAGGAGACUGUUUCCUCUGUGGAAGUGCUUCCCUGGUGGGACUGGGUGUGGUACCUGCAUGGAGAAAAAGAUGGGGGAAGCUGUAGCCAGAGUUGCCAGAAAGGUGAAUGAAACAGUGGAGAAUGGAGCAGACUCGCUAGAUUUGGCUGACUGCAAGUUGAUGAUGUUCCCUAUUGGCAUUUACAAAGUCAUGAGGAAUGUCACCGAAGGGAUACAUCUCAUAACUCUGGCCAAUAAUGAACUCAAGUCUGUGACCAGCAAAUUUAUCACCACCUUCAGCCAGAUGAGAGAACUCAACCUGGAAGGGAAUUGUCUGCAUCGCCUGCCUGAAGAGAUGAGAACCCUGUUACAUCUGAAGGUGAUCAACCUGUCCAGGAACAAGUUUCGACACUUUCCUGAGCAGUUGACUACCUUGAAGGCUCUUGAAACCAUCAGCCUUGAAGAGAAUGAGAUUACAGAUGUCCCUGUUGAGAAACUUUCUUCAAUGGAGUCGCUGCAGAUUGUAAACCUGAAGUCAAAUCCCCUGAAUGAGGAGGUCCGGGUGAUUGCCAGGCCGCUGAUAAAAUUUGACCUCCUGGUGUCUCCAAAGAGAGCACAUGCUGCUCCUCUGCAAGCCUGAAACACUGACUUUGGUUGCAUGGACUUGGUGUGACUUCAUUUGAGAAUGGUUUACAGGGAAAGCUAGGGGAUCCAGUUGCAGGGCAUGCUGAUCUAGAAUGGCUCCACCAGCUUUUGCAAGCUGUAUCACUCCUGCGUGUGUGAGGUUUUGUAGAUUUGAGGAGUGGGAUGGGGAGGAUUGUGCAAGGGCGGGGGGGGGAGGUGUUUCAGAAUCGGUAUUUCAUUGCCAGAGAGUGGAUCUGCUUAUUGUUAUUUCUUUGCAGCUGUCUAAAAUACACAGAACAUAAAAAUGCACUGAGGCCCUAGUAAAUUGCUAUUUGAUAAAGGAAUAAAUCUGUGAAAAGAUUAAACUUCCAGGGAAACAGAAGGGAAAGUGCAAUGCAGAAAUAGAUCAGGUAAGAGACUCAGUCUCCUGAGUGUAUUUUCUGUGCACCAAACAAAACGAGAAAUAGUCUCACAGCAGAGCCUUCUGCAAUGAGUCUGACAAGGAGGAGACCUAUUAGAAGAAUAAGACUUUGCUUCAGCGGAGAUCAAUGUAAUAGCCUACUCCAUUCAUGUAUCACUCAAAGCCCUAUUAUUCAGAGUGAAGCAUGGUAUGGAGCUGAAGAGUGGUGGAGAGAGGCUCUGUCCCAUGAAUAAUGGGAAAGCUCUUGUUUACAGACCCUUGCUGGUCCAGGAUUGACUGAAAAUACUCUGUGGAUGGACUUUUCUUUUCAACUAGUUAGAGCUUGGUGGCUUACUCCUAGGAUCUAAGCCAGCUGUUAUAUGGAGCAUAUUAACUGGGUACCACUAUGAGCAUCAAAACAAGACACUAAAACUUGUCUUACAGUACAGAGGUCCUCUUGGAAAAAAUAUCCUAUCAACAGACAACUCCUUUUCUUCUUCUCGUUCUACAUUCAGCAUUUGAUUGACAAGGUGUAACGAUCAUCCCUUCUUCCAUUCCCCCCCCCCCGCCUUUUUUUUUUGGACAGAUUUGUUGAUUUUGUCCAAGAUAAAUAAUUUCUGUUCAGCCUCCUAGGGCUUGUCUUCACUGCAAAGUUAAUUCAAUUUAUAAUUUGAAUGUUGCCUUAGCUUAAAAUCCCAUCCACACACACACACAAACUCUUUACUGAAGUGUGGUGGUACUUUCAAGUCAAGUUGGCUGGCCCGAGAGGGAAGGUAUAGGCCAAAACUCAAGUGAGCACAAUUAAUCGGUUGCUAACAUAGGCUAGCUCCACUCGAGUGCCAACAGUCCUCUAAUGGCUUCCCACAAUUCCUUUCCUGUGCCCAGAAAGGACAGAAAAGUUAUCUCAGAAUUUAGUGGAAAAUAAUUCAUAGAAUGGCUUAUUUUACUACAUCACUUAGAACCAUGGAUUGUGUGUGUCCCCAGCCAUCUUAGUGCCACACACUAAUGAGUGCAGCUCCAGAGUGGCUACAACAGCUCAACUGUUAUACCGCAGUGAGCUAGGCUUGCUUGAGAGGAAUAACUCAAGUAUAGAUAAUCUGAUAUACUCCUAAUGUAAUACUGUUGACUGGCAGUUCAUUGACAUUAACAAGAGCAGGGGUGAAGGAAUGUUCAAACGUGUUUGAAAACCUGUGGUUUCUGCAUGUCACUCCAGUAUAUGUUAGUUCUGGUUUUAGUGAUCUCUCUGAGUGUGUCCUGUCAUGAGCUGCUCACUGCUUGUCCCUUGUUCACAUGGUAGAUAUAUUUUGCUUGAAUAGAUUUUAACCUAGUUUCCUGUUGCUGGGGAUCAAGAGAGAAUUGGGUUGAUGGAGGAACCAGAAAAUUUAACUUGCUGGUGAGAAAUGAUCUCUAGUGGUUGGUUUAAAACAAAAAGGCAAUAAAUAAAACUAUUUGUUUCAUC